GAGCAGCUCCGCGGGGUGAUGGCUUGGGUAACGGCCGAGGGAGGCGGUUGUGGAACUUGAGCGUCCCGGGUAGUUUUGUUCAGUGUUGUGCACCUCUCAGACGUUCUCGGCAGUGAGAAUUCGUGGCCCAGAGCUGUGUGGAAGCGUCCCGGAAACUUUUGGCUAAAGGGUGGUUCCGCUUUCAGGUGCAGCCAUGCAAGAAAGCAUACGUUUUGCUUCAUCAGGAGAUGACGUUAAAAUAUGGGAUUCCUCAUCUCUAACUGUGGUGGAGCAGUUCAACCCACAUACACCCCCACAUCCAGUCAGCUCACUAUGUUGGGCCAGCAAUAAUAGAUACCUGGCCACUGCUUCUGCUGCUGGUGAUAAAAUAGUUGUUUCAAGCUGUAAAAGCAAACCUGUUCCACUCUUUGAAAUAGCUGAAGGAGCAAAACAGACAUGUGUGAGCUUGAAUUCUAGUUCUUCAUAUAUUGCGAGUGGAGGCCUUGAUAACACAGUUAAUAUCUGGGAUCUGAAAUCCAGAAGGGUUUACCGUAGCCUUAAGGAUCAUAAAGAUGAAGUCACAUGUAUUACAUAUAAUUGGAAUGAUUGCUACAUUGCUUCUGGAUCUUUGAGUGGUGAAAUUAUCCUACACAGUGUUACCACCAAUUUAUCAAGUACUCCCUUUGGUUAUGGCAGCCGUCAGCCUAUUCGACACUUGAAAUAUUCAACCUUUAAGAAAUCCUUGCUGGGCAGUGUUUCUGACAGUGGAAAUGUAACUCUAUGGGAUGUAAAUAGCCAGAACCCAUAUCAUAAUUUUGAAAAUACUCAUAAAGCACCAGCUUCAGAAAUCUGCUUUUCUCCAGUCAAUAAGCUGCUGCUUGUAACUGUAGGUUUGGAUAAAAGAAUUAUUCUCUAUGACACUUCAAGUAAAAAGUUACUGACAACAAUAGUAGCUGAUUUUCCUCUGACAACAGUAGACUUCAUGCCUGAUGGUACUACUUUGGCUAUAGGAUGUUCCCGGGGAAAAAUCUGCCAGUAUGACUUAAGACAACUGACAUCACCAGUGAAAACAGUUAUUGCUCACAAAGGCUGUGUGAAAUGCAUACGUCUUCAGUUCAGUAGCACUUUUUCCAAGUCUAACCUUACGGGUUCUUCAAAUAAACCUGCUUCCAAAAGAGUAGAAGUCAAAGCUGGUAGUAAUCUUGGAGGAAUUCAAAAUCCUGGCAUCAAAAACAUUGCCUCUCAAGCAUCAGCAACAGUUUCAUCUCAUCUGACGCUGCCAAAUGAGAAUAAGGGAGGAGAUGUUCUUCAGGAGAAAACAGGCUUUCCCCAUAGUGGCAGCUUGGAUGUGAUUCCAUCUAAAGAAACAGAUCAUGGGAAAAGUGCUGAUUUAAAUAAUCUUGAUGGUUUGGGUCGAAGUAGUUUAGGAGAUGUGUUUUCUCCAGUCAGAGAUGAUAUUAUUGCAAGUAAAGUGAAUGAAGACCCUCAAGGAAAAGGAGAUGGUCUGGAUUUUCAGCCCUACCUUUUGGGUUUGGAUUUUCUCCCACAGCUCCCUACUGCCUUUCCAGUAAAAAGAAGCCCAGUGGGCAGUAGCGCACAACCGGUACGGUCUAGCCCGUUACAUGCACUUGUGGGAUCUCCAAUUAAGGAAGAGGAAGAACAUUCAGAGACUGACACUAAGAAAAUAAAUCUUGGAAAACAAGAAUCUAAAGAAGUCUUAAAGCAGCUUUCAAAAUCAAGCUCAUCAAGUGCAGAAUCUGUAACUUUAAGUCCUCCACCACCAUCCACUGCUGUAAAGGCUCCUGAUACAAAUGAGAGGCUAGUGAAGAAUAUUCAGGCUCAUCCUACUUAUGAUCUACCAGUAAAUGGUACUACCUCAACAAGUCCAAAGGUAACAUCACCUGUCACUGCUGGAGUUGCCAGUUCAUUGUCAGAAAAAAUAGUAGAAACCAUUGGGAGUAGCAGACCAAAUGCACCUCUGACAUCAAUCCAAAUAAACUUCAUUCAGAAUAUGAUACAAGAAACAAUGGAUGACUUCAGAGAAGCAUGCCAUCGAGAUAUUGUGAAUUUGCAAGUGGAGAUGAUCAAGCAGUUCCAUGUGCAGUUGAAUGAAAUGCACGCUUUACUUGAAAGAUAUUCUGUAAAUGAAAGCUUAGUAGCUGAAAUUGAGAGACUACGAGAGGAAAACAAAAGACUGAGGACUCACUUUUGAAAGAUUUACACUGCUAUUCUUAUUAGCAUGAACUCACUACAGGUGGUGUGUUGCUUAAGACAGAUCAUCCCUCAUCACUGAAGUAUUGUAUGAAGACCUGCUAUUAUUUUGAACAUGAAUCUUUUCUUCUAAAUGGUGUAAGAUACUAUAUGUAAUUAUAAAAUUUGUAACAGAUAAACACUGUGUAAAGAAUAUUUGCAUACUCAUGCUAACUGCCUUGAAAUUCAUCCUUCUAACAGAAAAACUAAAAGGAUAAGUACAUUAUCAGAGUUUUAGCAAUAUGUGAAGUGCCUUUUUGUAAACAAAAUCAAACCAGGAGGAUGCCUUUUUCUGUAAGAAUUUUUUGAUAUACCUACUUUUCUAUCUGCUGCUUUAUUUUACUGCUGUCAGAAACAAUCACUGUAGCUUGCCUUUCGGAUACUUUUCUUGGAGAAAAAGGAGAGAGAAAGCUCAUCUUCUGCAUGACGUGAAGCCUUGUUUAUAAGGAGCUGGAAAGUACAGUAUUCAGUUAACUUUGUUCACAUGGCAACUCUUCUAUCCUGAGUAAAACUAGAGCUUGAAAAUAUUCCCAAAUUCAGUGCCAUGAUCUUUCUUGCUAUAUUUGUAAGUCUGAAAUCUGUGCUUGUCUGCUGUGAACUUUGUUGCAAAUGCUACUUCAACUGCACAAUGAGACUUUUGUUACAACUUUAGCUAUGAAACUAGAAUUCUUUUUAUUUACACAUAUUUGAAUAUUGUCAUAACUUGUCCAAUUUGAAUGCAGCUGUAGACUUCAAAAUGUAAGUGUACUCAGCCAUUAAUAAUAUAGCAUUGUGUAAAUGCGCUCUUUCGGUCUUUGACUCAAGCAUCUUUUGCACCCCCCCGCCACCCCUUCCUUUUUAUUCGUAGUGAACAACACUUAAUAUUGAGCAGUUGUGUUGUGGUUUUGAAUCUUGUUGGUUUAGUGUUAUUGUAGCCUUUCUGAGAUAGCUGCAUACCAAAUCUAACUAGUAUCUUAGUUGUAUGAUUAACAUAGCAAACAGUAAAGAGAAAUCAUUGCUUCAGUAGCAUAAUGGUAUGAUACUUGUAUGUAAACAUUUUUGAAAUGAAGCUCAGUAUGAAGUCCUGACUCUGCUGAAGCUCAUGGGAGGUUUGGCUUGGCCUUUAUUUGUGCCAAGAGAUUAAAUUAAAUUAAAACUUCAAUUUUAAAUUAAUUUAAAAAUUAAAUUAAAAUUUUAAAUUAAAUUAAAAAUUUCUCUGAGAGACUUCUACAAGUGCUUCUUGCUAUUUAAAUUGUUCGGAGGCUUCUUGAUUUUCCCACUAAUAUUUGGUUGUUUCUUUUCACAUAGAACUCAAACAAGGAAAGUCUGAGAACAUGGUGAGUUAAUUAGUUACAACAUCUAGUGUUUAAAUCCAUGAUGGCACUCUUCUCCUAAAUGAGAAAGCCAUAAUAUAUAGUGUAACUUAUUUUUAUAUGCUGUAAAACUAAAAAAACAACCCUAUCUAUACCUUUUCCCUAUCUUUAACUGUUUUUUCUAAUAAAAGACUUCCUUUUUUUUCAUGUUGGUUAAUGACAAAUACAAUCUUGUAGCAAAAUGAGGGUGUUCAAGUAGUCUUUGAUAUUAGGGGCAGGACUUUAAAUGUCUGCAGUUCUACGGCUUUUAUAAGCUUUUAAAAAUAUUUCUAUAUUGCAUAUAACUUCAUGGUGAAAGGAAGCAAAGUAAGUUUUUUUUUUUUUUUUUUUUUAGUAACUUGACACACAAGGUAGAGAACUUAUAAAAGUUCGUAGGAUGUGUAAGCUUGACACAUUGACCGCACAGUUCGUGAAGACAAUAGUGUUGACGGUUGCAAAAAUAUCUUGCCGUUCUUCUACAUGCUUUGCAGUGUUAAUGAAGUAACCUUGCAUAUUUGCAUCUCUUGAUUUGUUACCAAGUGCUCUUGCUAGUAUACCCAGAUGACAGCAGGGAAUUAGACAAGUAUCUUGGGUAUUUGGCUUGUAGAUAAUUUGUUUUCUUGACUCAGAGCUGUAUAAUGUUUUUCUUAAUUCCCAAAUGGAGGUGAUUAUAGCAAAAGUGAUUAAAAGGAGGUAUUUUGGCCUUUUUUUAAAGGUUUUUAGGGCUUUUUCCCAUAUCUCAGGAUUACUGUAGCGCAAGUGGCUACACAUGCUCUGUGGAGACCCAAUAUGCCUAUUACUACAGGGGUAUGUUUUUUGCCUUGUACACAAAGCUGAUUUGUAUGUUAAAAUAAAGCUUGUUUUAUCCUUUUUGAGGAAAAAAA